AUGACGGUCUUGAACUCCACCCGCGGCCUGCUAUGCCUUCAACCGUAUUGUUACUCAGGACCCCAUUGCGUCUUCAAUCCCUUUACUCUGGAAUUUACCCUCAUCCCGGAUUCCGUCAAAGGGAUAAAAGAGUACUCUGUUCUGUCUUACGGAUUCGGGUACUGUCCAAUUUCCGAUAAAUACAAGGUGCUGAAGAUAAUAAAGCUAUGGAAUCUAAAUGGCAAUAACCCACCUCUUCUUACUACUGAGAUUUACACACUGGGAACCCCUAGUUGGAGGAGAGUUCAAGAUGCUCCAAUGGUUGUGUACAAUGACUACGUUCCUACUUUCCUGAACGGAUCUUUGCAUUGGAUGAUAAACGAGCAGGUUGGAAUAACUAUAUACAAUUCUUAUGGUUACAUGAUUUCAUUCGAUCUCAAUAAUGAGAAAUACGGACAAGUAGCUCUGCCUCCUCCUCUUGACAUCGGGAGAGAUAGAAAACACAUGAAAAUGGUUACCCUCGGAGUGUUUGAAGGCUGGUUGAGUGUAUUUGUGCUCAAUUCAAAUAAAAGUUUAGAUGUUUGGGCCAUGAAGGAGUACGGUGUUCGUGAAUCGUGGGCGAGGGAGAUUGUUGUGGAUACGUCGCUCUUUUUCUUGUCUCACCGUUCAUUUCCGGUGAAUUAUGUUAAUGACGGGGAAGAUGUGUUGUUCUUUAAUGCUGAUUAUGGUAUCUUUACAUAUAAACUCUUUGAGAGGAGGAUUGUGAAUUGUAUUAAGUUUACUGGGUGGAGGCCUAAUGAUGAUUAUGAAGCAAAAGCAUUGAAUCAUGUUCCUAUCUUGCUGUCCCUCAACGAACUAGUCGUCGGAGCCCAGGUCCAUCGCCUAACUGGAAGGUAA